CCCCUCCCCUCCCACCCCAUCCCCGGCCGCCUCCCCCGGGCGGGCGCCGAGCUCCCCGCCCGGCGCGCUCCGCCCGCGCCCUCCGGGGGUCGGGGGGGCGCACGGCUCCCGGGCCCGGCGGCGGCGGCGCGGCGGCGCCGAGGGGCAGCGGGUGGCAGGAGGCCGGGGGCGCCCGAGGGGCCCCGGGCGGCGGCGCGCAGGGCCCGGGCGGCCGGCGACGGCCCCGGGGCUAGGGGGAGUCCAGCCCGGAUAUUGAGUGCAGCCAUUGAGAAAAGCCAAACUCUUGUGUGUGUGCGUCUGGAAUAGCCCCCAAGAUGGCCGCCAAUGUGGGAUCGAUGUUUCAAUAUUGGAAGCGAUUUGAUCUACGGCGACUCCAGAAGGAGCUUAAUUCCGUCGCUUCCGAGCUGUCUGCACGGCAGGAGGAGAGUGAACAUUCUCAUAAACAUUUAAUUGAACUCCGCCGGGAAUUUAAGAAAAAUGUACCUGAGGAAAUCAGAGAGAUGGUGGCUCCUGUAUUAAAAAGCUUCCAAGCUGAGGUGGUGGCCCUUAGUAAGCGAAGUCAGGAGGCCGAGGCCGCUUUCCUGAGUGUUUACAAGCAAUUAAUUGAAGCACCAGACCCCGUGCCUGUGUUUGAGGCGGCGCGUAGCCUAGACGACAGACUGCAGCCCCCCAGCUUCGACCCCAGCGGGCAGCCGCGGCGAGACCUCCACGCCUCGUGGAAGAGGCACCCCGAGCUCCUCGGCCCCAAAGAGCAGAGAGAGGGGACGUCUCCGGCCGGGCCCACGCUGACCGAGGGGAGCCGCCUCCCGGGUGUUCCCAGCAAGGCCCUCCUGACAGAAACUUUGCUGCAGAGAAAUGAGGCAGAGAAACAAAAGGGCCUUCAAGAAGUACAGAUCACUUUGGCAGCCAGACUGGGGGAGGCCGAGGAGAAGAUCAAGGUCCUACAUUCUGCGUUAAAGGCCACGCAGACGGAGCUGCUGGAGCUGCGGCGGAAGUACGAUGAGGCGGCGGCGUCCAAGGCAGAUGAAGUCGGGCUGAUCAUGACCAACCUGGAGAAAGCUAACCAGCGAGCUGAGGCUGCGCAACGGGAGGUGGAAAGCCUUCGGGAACAACUCGCCUCUGUCAACAGCUCCAUCCGCCUGGCCUGCUGCUCCCCGCAGGGACCCGGUGGGGAUAAGGUGAACUUUGCCCUGUGCUCGGGCCCUCGGCUGGAGGCUGCCCUGGCCUCCAAGGAUCGGGAGAUCCUGCGGCUGUUGAAGGACGUGCAGCAUCUCCAGAGCUCUCUGCAGGAGCUGGAGGAGACCUCUGCCAACCAGAUCGCAGACCUGGAGCGCCAGCUCAGCGCCAAGUCCGAGGCCAUCGAGAAGCUGGAAGAGAAGCUCCAGGCACAGUCUGACUAUGAAGAAAUUAAAACAGAGCUGAGCAUCCUGAAAGCCAUGAAGCUGGCCUCCAGCGCCUGCAGCCUCCCCCAGGGCAUGGCCAAGCCCGAAGACUCCCUGCUGCUGGCGAAGGAGGCCUUCUUCCCCGGGCAGAAGUUCCUUCUGGAAAAGCCCGGUCUUUUGGCUGGCCCUGAGGAGGACCCUUCGGAGGACGACUCCCUCAAGGACUCGCUGGGCAUGGAGCCGUCCUACCCGUCCCCCCCGCAGCUCCCGCCGCCGCCGGGCCCCGAGGACCCGCUGUCCCCCGGCCCCGGGCAGCCCCUGCUGGGCCCCAGCCUGGGCCCCGACGGCCCUCGGACUUUCUCGCUGUCCCCCUUCCCCGGCCUGGCCGCGGGGGGAGAGACUGGGGGGGACGUGCUGCUGCCCAAGCACGUGAUGCCCCCGGCCGCCUUCAAGGGGGAGGCGGGCGGCCUGCUGGUGUUCCCCCCGGCCUUCUACGGCGCCAAGCCCCCCACGGCCCCGGCCACCCCCGCGCCCGGCGCCGAGCCGCCCGGGGGCCCCGAGCCGGGGGCCGGGGGCGCGGCGGGGGCGGAGGAGGAGCAGCUGGACACGGCGGGGAUCGCCCUGCAGGUGAAGGAGCAGCUGCUGAAACACAACAUCGGGCAGCGCGUGUUCGGCCACUACGUGCUGGGGCUGUCGCAGGGCUCGGUCAGCGAGAUCCUGGCCCGGCCCAAGCCGUGGCGCAAGCUCACGGUCAAGGGCAAGGAGCCCUUCCUCAAGAUGAGGCAGUUCCUGUCGGACGAGCAGAACGUGCUGGCUCUCAGGACCAUCCAGGUGCGGCAGCGAGGCAGCAUCACCCCAAGAAUCCGCACACCGGAGACGGGCUCAGACGACGCCAUCAAGAGCAUCCUGGAACAGGCCAAGAAGGAGAUCGAGUCUCAGAAGGGGGGUGAGCCCAAGAACUCGACGGCCCCAUUGAGCAUCACCAACGGCACAGCCCCCGCCAGCGCCUCGGAAGAUGCCAUCAAGAACAUUCUGGAGCAAGCGCGCCGCGAGAUGCAGGCGCAGCAGCAGGCCCUGCUGGAGAUGGAGGGGGGCCCCCGGGGCCGCUCGGUGCCGCCCUCGCCCCCAGAGCGGCCGUCGCUGGCCGCCGUGGGCCAGAACGGGCCCCCGACCUUCGUGAAGCAGGAGGACGGCGCUGGCGGCGGGGGCACCAGCAGCAGCGCCACGCAGACGCCCCUCACGGUGCUGUCCCCCGCCGCCUUCGUGCAGAGCAUCAUCCGCAAGGUCAAGUCGGAGAUCGGGGACGCCGGCUACUUCGACCACCACUGGGCCUCGGACCGCGGGCUCCUCGGCCGGCCCCACGCCUCCGUGUCGCCCUCGCUCUCGUCCUCGUCCUCCGGCCACUCCGGCCAGCCCGGCGGGCGCGCCUGGCCCCGCGCCGACGAGGCCCCCGCGGGCCCCGAGGACGACGGGGCGGCGGCGGAGGACGAGCCCCCCCGGGCGGGCGAGCUCAAGGCCGAGGGGGGCCCCGAGGCGGGCGCGGGGCGGCUGGCCUGCUACCCGGCCUACGUGGCGCGCACGCCCAGGCCCACCGUGCCGCCGCUGACCCCCGAGCAGUACGAGCUCUACAUGUACCGCGAGGUGGACACGCUCGAGCUGACGCGCCAGGUCAAGGAGAAGCUCGCCAAGAACGGCAUCUGCCAGCGCGUCUUCGGGGAGAAGGUGCUGGGCCUGUCGCAGGGCAGUGUGAGCGACAUGCUGUCGCGGCCGAAGCCGUGGAACAAGCUGACGCAGAAGGGGCGGGAGCCCUUCAUCCGCAUGCAGCUGUGGCUCUCGGACCAGCUCGGCCAGGCCGUCGGCCAGCCGCCCAGCGCCUCCCAGGCCAGUCCCACGGAACCGAGGUCCUCGCCAUCCCCACCCCCUAGCCCCACGGAGCCCGAGAAGAGCUCCCAGGAGCCCCUGAGCCUGUCACUGGAGAGCAGCAAGGAGAACCAGCAGCCAGAGGGACGCUCCAGCUCCUCGCUGGGUGGGAAGAUGUGCUCGGGCAGCCAGGCCUCCGGGGGCAUCCAGGAGAUUGUGGCCAUGUCCCCAGAGCUGGACACGUACUCCAUCACCAAGAGGGUCAAAGAGGUCCUCACAGACAACAACCUAGGACAGCGGCUAUUCGGGGAGAGCAUCCUGGGGCUGACGCAGGGCUCCGUGUCUGACCUGCUGUCCCGGCCCAAACCCUGGCACAAGCUGAGCCUGAAGGGGCGGGAGCCCUUUGUGCGAAUGCAGCUGUGGCUCAGCGACCCCCACAGCGUGGAGAAGCUGAGGGACGUGAAGCAGCUGGAGAAGAAAGCCUACCUAAAGCGCAGAUACGGCCUCAUCAGCACCGGCUCCGACAGCGAGUCCCCGGCCACUCGCUCCGAGUGCGCGAGCCCCUGCCUGCAGCCCCAGGACCUGAGCCUCCUGCAGAUCAAGAAGCCCCGCGUGGUGCUGGCGCCCGAGGAGAAGGAGGCGCUGCGGAAGGCCUACCAGCUGGAGCCCUACCCCUCGCAGCAGACCAUCGAGCUCCUCUCCUUCCAGCUCAACCUCAAGACCAACACCGUCAUCAACUGGUUCCACAACUACAGGUCCCGGAUGCGCAGGGAGAUGUUGGUGGAGGGGACCCAAGACGAACCAGACCUCGAACCCACUGGGGCUUCUGGUGUCCUGCCGCCACACCACUCCCACCAAGACCCUACACUGCAGAGCCCCGACUCCGAGGCUGAGGACCAGAAGCCUACCGUGAAGGAACUGGAGCUUCAGGAGGGCCCCAAGGACAGCGUCACAGCCCUGACCACCCAGGACAAGGGGCAAGUGAGGAUCAAGCAGGAACAGACAGAGGAGGAUGCUGAGGAGGAGGCGGGCAGCCAGCUCCAGGACGCAGGGGAGCUGGACAAAGGCCAAGGUUCCCCCAGAGAGGGGCAUCCCAACCCUCCGGGUAAUGACAGACUCCCAAAUGUGGCCCCAGGGCUCCUUUUUCCAGGUGGGACCACCCCAGACUGCCCCUCACUGCAGCCCCACCAAGAGAGUGAAGGUGGGGAGCGGCUAUACCCGGACCCUCUAAGUUUUAAGUCAGCCUCGGAGUCCUCACGCUGCAGCCUGGAGGUGUCACUGAACUCGCCCUCGGCCGCCUCCUCGCCGGGCCUCAUGAUGUCCGUGUCACCCGUCCCCUCCUCCUCAGCCCCCAUCUCCCCAUCCCCACCCAGUGGCCCCCCUUCCAAAGUGCCGAGCACCAGCCCCACUGCUGACACGGCUGGGGCCUUGCACCCCAGCGCCAAGGUGAACCCCAACUUGCAGCGGCGGCAUGAGAAGAUGGCCAACUUGAACAGCAUCAUCUACCGGCUAGAGAGGGCAGCCAACCGGGAGGAGGCCCUGGAGUGGGAGUUCUGAAGGUGGGGGUGGGGGGCAGACCCAGGUGGCCACCUUCCCUCCCUCACUCACUCUCCCAGACAGGGCGGGGUAAGGGAGAGAGGAACUCAGCCGUCCAAAUGUGGACAGCAAUGUUAUGCCGUUUACGUUUUUUGUUGUAAUCCUAGUUUGAUGAAGUUGUGAGCGAGUGGGUGGGGCAGGUGCCACGGCCUCCUCUUUUUGGCACCUACCCCCCAGGGGGCACCCUCUCCCCCCCCCCGACCCCGGCCUCUCUGCAGGAGGCGGAAGCAAAGUGGCUUCACAUUUUCACCUGGAAACUCUGAACUCUUUUAGAAAAAUAAAUAAAUAUUUAUAGACUUCUUUUAGAUAUUUUAAUAAAGGAUCCUUUGGAAUUUAUUCCCAGCUGAUGCUGUUUUGAUAUUACAGAGAGUUAUAAAAUCAGGAUGCUGCCACAACUGUUGCGAAGUAUACACUGAAGUUGUGUCGUUUUUGCCACUAGAUGAGAUUAAAAGAAGACAAUUGUUCAAAGCCAUCACGAAACACUAUGAGACUGACCAAAAUUGAGAUAACCCUCGAACCGCGGUUUUUUCCACAUCUGUCUGUGAGACACAGCGCGUUGCUAUUGUCCUUCCAGACACCAAGCUGGAAAGAGAAAGUCCAGAAGACUCUAAAUGCAAACCUCAAUGCCGUUGAGGACGUGUUCCACUCUGGUGGUCUGUUUUGCAACCUGGACAACGCAGAGUGUCCCGUGCUGUUGUAGGUGUUGUAGAGGUGUGGGCUGUGGCCGACCGCCCUACCUGACGUGGUCCAGAACAAACUGGUUACACUACCUCUGGUCAGAAGCCUGUGCACAUCGAUCUCGUCCAUCUGUAGACAAGAUGUGUUUCCGGAUCCUUUGGAAAGCCAGGCACGGAGGCAGGUGACUAGAGGAGGGGCACUUGAGCCAGAGUCACCCCAUUCCCCAGCCUGAAUCGUGGCCACAGCACAGGAAGCUUCCCCACCAGCUUUCCAGAGCAAGACUGUGGCUGCCAUCCUCCCUCCUUGUGUUUUAAGAAAAUAUCAGUGUUGAUCAUCCCACAAGCACCCAACGCCAAGAAGGAGAUUCAUGCAACUAGAGAGGCCAACUCCCCUCCUCGCUGUCUUCUCUCUCAAGUUGGCCCUGCUGCUGUUUCUGGAAGGCACCUGCAGCUCCAGGUCCAUGCAGAACCAAGCGAGAAGGUUGAGUGCGCCGCAGCAUGACCACCAUAUCCCAGUCUCCAAGGCCUCCCACCUGCCUCCCAACGCAUGACCUUUUGGGCAGCAAGGACUCAACCCCCCAGCUCAGAGAAGCCCUUCCUCUGGCGUCUUCGUCAUCUUGGUUUCUGGGGGAGAGUUCUCAGUUUGGAUGGAACAGCCACCAUAUUGGUUGUUGAAUCUCUGUCUCCUGGUUUGAUGUCUUCUCCUUUUGCAAACUCUGUGGGAAGGCUGAAUUUGGUGACUCCCCAGCUGAAUCUAGAAUGACAAGGAAAAGGUGGCCAUAUUCGGUGCCAAUCCAGUGCAGGGGAGAGAUGGCGGACGGGGGUUUCAAGGAUGCAAUCCAGCAACCCAGUGACCAGAAAGGGACAGCGGAGGGCUGUUCCAGAAUCUCAACUCGCGUGCACCCAGCCCAGGCUGCAGUCUCCAUGCCAGUCGGUGAAGAACGCAAACCUGCAGAAGAGCUCCUUUUCCGUACACCCAGGCUACGCAUCGAAGAGUUUUCCACUGUAUACAUUUUUAUCCAGAUGAAGGUAUUUUUAUAUUUUGACAAUAGGAAACAGUGACCAAUUUUCAGAGUAAUCAGAUCUGGAACAAACAAAACAUCUCCUUUUAACCACCACCGCCCUAUCUCAGCGAAGACAACCAUGGGGGAACACACCACUUUUUGCUGUUGAAACCCACACCGCAGUGGACUCCAGGCACACACGCAGACUAUGACUCUUAGAGACCUAGAUCUGGCUUUUGUGUAACGGGAUUCGAAUAAGCACUUAGCAUAGUCUUUUGAACACGGAAAUCCUGUUGUACCUAAAGCUGGCAGACCCGUGAACAACUUUGUCAGGCUCACGUCCUAUGACGGUCAGAACAAAACAAAAACUCACAAAACCAUUUCUAUGAGAGAUUGAUGAACUUUGUUUAAAAUUUAAAAAAAAAAAAGGAACACGUUCUGUAAACGCGUCGCUCAAUACAGAAUUGUA